AUGUGUCUGUGGCUUUCACUAGGUUACUCCAUGGCAGACUCAAUAGAGCCACUUUUCACUUCGAAAGUUGUAGAUGAAGGUGAUGAUGUUACUCUGUCCUGCAAAUACAAAAGCAGUGUUACAGUAAACUACCUGCACUGGUACAGACAAUAUCCAACAUCUAAACCUGAGUUCCUUCUUUAUGUUACCCCAAGUGGAGAUCUGAGUCUCCACCAAGAGAGAAUGAAUCAGGUGCUGUUGACAGCAGAAUUUGAGAUUUGUACUGUUGACAGCAGCAUUACAACAGACCAAACCAUCAUAUCUUCAGUUGAAGGCAGCAACAUCACACUGACCUGCACAUAUGAUCAAUCAGCUGAUUAUCUCCACUGGUAUCGACAAAAACCUCAAUCAGGACCAGAGUUUCUACUGCUGAUUUAUAAAUCUACAGACACUAGAACUAAACAUGAGCUUGACCCACGACUAUCCAUCAAAAGUCGUAAAAAUGAGAAUAAAGUAGAUCUGGAGAUCUUUCCUGCUGCAGUAUCAGACUCUGCACUGUACUACUGUGCCAUGCAGCCCACAGUGACACAAAACUCUAACAGACUGUACAAAAAGUCAAGUGCUGUUGACAGCAGCAUUACACCAGACCAAAAUAUCAUAUCUUCAAGUGAAAGAAGCAACAUCACACUGACCUGCACAUAUGAUCAAUCAGCUCUCCAUCUCCACUGGUAUCGACAAAAACCUCAAUCAGGACCAGAGUUUCUGCUGAUCAUUUAUGAAUCCACAGAUAGUGACACUAGAACUAACAAUAAGCUUGACCCACGACUGUCCAUCAAACUUCGUAAAAAGGAGAAGUAG